AUAGAAUUCUUCGUCAUUCCUCAAUCCAGCCAUUCUCUCACAAAACUAAACCCUAACACACUUCUCAAUCUCUCGUGCUACUGGCCAAAAAACCCAACACCAACGAAAGACUGCAAAUAAUGGUCUACUUGGGCAUAAUUACCUCAUCUGAGGCUUGCUGAUCUGUUCCACUGCCCUUUCGUGUCGAUUGUCCCCAUUUAGUAGGAAUUUUUUGUAAAAAGGAAGAAAAGCAUAAUUUAGGUCCCCCAUUUGUGUAAUUUGUAAACAAUGCUGCAUUUUAUAUUUUUAUCUGUGUAUUAUAACUGAAAUCAUUUGACCUGAAUUGAAUUCUUCCACCCAUUAAAUCUUCUUUCCACUUGAUUGGCCUGCUAUACAUAACUGCAGAGUUUUUGGGGAUUCUAAUUUUGCUUUAUUUAUAUAUUCAAAAGGCUUUUGACGUCUUUACCUUUAAUUGCUUGAUUGCCUGGAAUCCAAGAAGUUCACAUUUCUGUAAGAUGGAGAGCUUGGCACACCUUGAAGCAUUGUGCGAGAGGCUCUACAACUCACAAGAUUCAGCUGAACGAGCACAUGCAGAGAAUACUCUCAAAUGCUUCUCAAUAAACAGUAGCUACAUCUCACAGUGCCAAUACAUUUUAGACAAUGCAUCAACACCUUAUGCGUUAAUGAUGGCUAGUUCAAGCUUGUUGAAGCAAGUGACAGAUCAGCAUCUAUCUUUGCAGCUUCGGCUUGAUAUUCGAAACUAUAUCAUAAAGUACCUGGCCACAAGAGGACCUGGUUUGGAGUCUUUUGUAACUGCUUCUCUAAUCCAACUGUUUUGCCGGGUUACAAAGUAUGGGUGGUUUGAAGAAGACAGUUUCAGGGAUGUGGUUAAGGAAUCAACAGUCUUUUUGAAUCAGACACCAUUGCAUUAUGCUAUUGGUUUGAAGAUAUUGAAUCAACUGGUUUCUGAGAUGAAUCAGCCAAGUCCUGGGUUGCCGUCAACACAACAUCGAAGGGUGGCUUGCUCCUUCAGAGACCAGUCACUUCUUCAAAUAUUUCAAAUAUCCCUUACUUCAUUGUGUCAACUGAAGAAUGAUGCUGGUGGCAAGUUACAAGGACUGGCCAUUUCACUUUCCCUCAGGUGUUUAUGUUUUGAUUUUAUGGGAACUACAGUUGAUGAAAGUUCAGAAGAUUUUAGCAAUAUUCCGUUGCCGCUUGCAUGGAAACAAGUCAUCGAGGACCCCUCAACCGUACAAAUAUUCUUUGAGUACUACGGAAUCAAUGAAUCGAACCUGUCAAAGGAGGUGAAAACUUAUGUAUUUCUGAUAUUUUUUCAAGCGGGUCUUGCACUAAGGGUGGUUGCUUCAUAGGUUUAGACUUGAUGAUGCUCCGGAAAGAGGCUUUGGUUUCUCCCUUGUUCAUUUGUUUGCUUCUUUACUAAAUUCCACUCCCCAUG